CUCAUUGCAGUUUUGGGAGUGUGCACGGCAAGAGCCCACACGACUGCCAAUAAAAAGAUUGAAGUGUGCACGUUGAGUUACACGCGAACGCCACGAGCUCAACGUGCUUCCUUCGAGCAAUCCAAAGAGGACUUCGAGGUGUCCUUAUCCAAUUUAUCUUUUUCUCAGCCCUCAAAGGAGAUCGCCUCUAAGAUGGAAAUAACUGUCAGCCAGCAACAGUUUCUUCCACCUGCCUGCUUUUUCACCGCUGCUGCACAAAGCAUCCAGCUGAGCCCGACCGACAGCCAGUGCAGCGGGAAAUCCGUGUCCAAGCAAGCGAAGAGACAGCGCUCCUCCUCACCUGAGCUGCUGAGAUGCAAGAGGCGGCUCAACUUUGCGGGCUUUGGGUAUAGCCUGCCUCAGCAACAGCCACACGCGGUGGCCAGGCGCAACGAAAGGGAGAGAAACAGGGUGAAGUUGGUCAACAACGGGUUCGCCACUCUCCGGGAGCAUGUCCCUAACGGCGCCGCCAACAAGAAAAUGAGCAAAGUGGAGACCCUGCGCUCGGCUGUGGAGUACAUUCGGGCUCUGCAGCAGCUCCUGGACGAACACGACGCAGUUAGUGCUGCCUUUCAGUCCGGUGUCCUUUCUCCCACCAUUUCGCAGAAUUACUCCAACGACAUGAACUCUAUGGCCGGCUCUCCGGUGUCCUCCUAUUCAUCUGAUGAAGGAUCUUAUAACCCACUAAGUCCCGAGGAACAGGAGCUCUUGGACUUCACCAGCUGGUUCUGAGAUCUAUCAACUAUUUGUGUAACAGAAAUUUUUUUUUUUUCCGCGAUUCCUUGACGUGCGUGAAAGUAGCGCAGCACACAGGAGCCCAAACGCCGUCCAGGAUCAUGCAGCACUUCGCUUUCGCUGCGGUCCACUGACCGAUGGGCCGAGCUCGGUGGAGGACGCGACCCCUGAAUCCCGAUGGUGCUCGAAAGAGGCGCUAAGAAGACAUGGACACAUACCACUGACAGCGUGGGAAACAACCUCUUGGGUCAUACAUCCACGAAUGCGAUUUCCUAACAUGACUCUUAUUACAGUAUAAUGCUAUUCAAACACCAUAGAAAUGCUCGCAAACUAUGCUAAAACCCCAAUCAAAGAACUUAAAACCUUUUGUAAAAUUUAAUGACGUAAUAAUUGUAACAUGCUUCCAUCUCUGUGGAUUUUAUUAUAAGAAAUUCUAUUUGUAACAAACAUAUCAUUUUUAAAAAAUAUAUUAAGCUAUUUUUGUAUAUAAGAGACAUUUAUAGAACUUUUGUACACAUUGUUUUAAUUUGUAUAUAUCUUGACGAUAUGUAUGGAUAUGCAUUACCUCUGCCUAUUUAGACGUGUAGUCUAUAUUGCUUCGCCAAUAGCGAUUCUGUGCAUGGUGUACGAAGUUUCAAAGAGGGGCGAGAGGCUCUGUGUAGCUUAGCACCGACGUGUCUUAUUUAAUUAAUAGGAAGUACCUGUUAUUAUGAAGUAUCUCGGAGUUCACCAUGAACAAAGUUUAUGCAGCUAUUUUCCAAACGCAGAUAGCUAUGGAGUUACCUAUGUCCGGCAUACUCUCCAUUGCCUUCAUUGCUUCUGGGUUUAUUUUGAAAUAACGAGAAAGAAAAGCAUAUAACCAUUUUUUCUAUAUUCUAAUUUCGUAAUAAAUUUUUGUAAAGUAA